CCGACUCUCUGGGUCUUUUUGUCUCUAGUGCAGAUUAAACGUCACGUCCGCACUUGAACUUGAAUUUUAUCCCAUUGUACAGAGGCAGCCCCAGCCAUAGAGAGACCGAGAGCUCCCAGAGAACCCGGACUCCGCCAUCUUCACGUUGCAGUCUAUAGCUCCCAGUCCGCGCCCGCAGCGACCCAGGCGCACUGGGCGAGCCGCCCUCGGCCCGGCUCCCCCUGGGCCCGCGGCGCCGGGGGAGCGCUGGGGAGCGCUCGCAGGGACUGGGCAGCCCCUCCGGCCGGCGCCCGCCUGCCAGGUGGAACUGGGAGGAGCCGCUCUCGGAGUACCCCAGAGCCUCGGAAGGGUCAGUCUGCGAGCAAAAAAAAGCAGGCGGCCCCGCAGAAAGCCCAGAUACAGCCGGACCGGGCCGGUCCCACAUUGCAUUGGGUUUUUUUGAGGGGGCGGGGUAAGAGGGCUGCGAGACAAGUCCCCAAGUUUUCUUUGCUUUUUUUUUUGCUUUGCUUUCCCCCCUUUCUUUUAUUUAUUUUUUUAUUUGUUUGCACCCCCCCUCCCCUCUCCUGGUAGAAGUGCGCUUUCCACCUACCAGGUCCCGAAAGAGUGUCAGCAGCCGGUGCGAAACCCGGCUUAAGUUCAAGAAGACACUGGAAGUCCACGGAGCCAAGCAGUUUGAAGGAGUGUAAGAGAUUUUUUUUUCCUUCAAAAGAAUAUAUUUUAAAAGAAACCAGCCGGCCAACAGCAGCAGCGGCAGCGGCUUUUUAAUUUUUUUUCCUUUUCUCAGUUUCUAAAUUGGAAGAUUUUUGGUGUUUUUCUUCUGCUCUUUUUCCUUUUGCAAACAAAACAAAAAACAGCAUAGAAAGAAGAGCAAAAUAAAGAAGAAGAGGAGGAGGAAGAGAGGGCAGGAGAGGAAGGGGAAAAAAACACCAACCCGGGCAGAGGAGGAGGCGCGGCGGCGCGGCGGCAGCGGCGGCUCGGACCCCUUCCCCGGCCCCCAUCGGUGCAGCUCUCCGGGCGAUGCCAGAAUAGAUGCCGGGGCAAUGUCCCGCCGCAAACAGGGCAACCCCCAGCACUUGUCCCAGAGGGAGCUCAUCACGCCAGAGGCUGAUCACGCAGAGGCCGCCAUCCUCGACGAAGAUGAAGGUCUGGAGAUAGAGGAGCCCGGCAGCCUGGGGCUGAUGCUCGCGGGCCCCGACCCUGACCUGCUCACCUGUGGCCAGUGUCAGAUGAACUUCCCCCUGGGGGACAUCCUGGUUUUCAUAGAGCACAAGAAGAAGCAGUGUGGCGGUAGCCUGGCCGGCUGCUACGACAAGGGCCUGGACAAGGCCAGCCCGCCACCCUCCUCACGCUCCGAGCUCAGGAAAGUGGCCGAGCCGGUGGAGGUCGGGAUCCAGGUGACCCCCGACGAAGAUGAGCACCUGCUCUCACCCACGAAAGGCAUCUGUCCCAAGCAGGAGAACAUUGCAGGGCCGUGCAGGCCUGCCCAGCUGCCAGCGAUGGCCCCCAUAGCUGCCUCCUCCUCCCACCCUCACACAUCCGUGAUUACUUCACCUCUGCGUGCCCUGGGCACUCUCCCACCCUGCUUCCCCCUGCCGUGCUGCAGCGCACGCCCCGGCUCGGGCGAUGGGCCUCAGGGUGAGGGUCAGACGGAGGCUCCCAUUGGAUGCCAGUGUCAGUGGUCAGGUAAAGAUGAGCCUUCCAGCUACAUUUGCACAACAUGCAAGCAGCCCUUCAACAGCGCGUGGUUCCUGCUGCAGCAUGCGCAGAACACGCACGGCUUCCGCAUCUACCUGGAGCCUGGGCCGGCCAGCAGCUCACUCACGCCGCGGCUCACCAUCCCGCCGCCGCUCGGACCGGAGGCCGUGGCGCAGUCGCCACUCAUGAAUUUCCUGGGCGACAGCAACCCCUUCAACCUGCUGCGCAUGACGGGCCCCAUCCUGCGGGACCACCCCGGUUUCGGCGAGGGCCGCCUGCCCGGCACGCCACCGCUCUUCAGCCCGCCGCCGCGCCACCACCUGGACGCGCACCGUCUGAGCGCCGAGGAGAUGGGGCUCGUCGCCCAGCACCCCAGUGCCUUCGACCGAGUCAUGCGCCUGAACCCCAUGGCCAUCGACUCGCCCGCCAUGGACUUCUCGCGACGGCUGCGCGAGCUGGCGGGUAACAACUCCACGCCGCCGCCUGUGUCGCCAGGCCGUGGCAACCCUAUGCAUCGGCUCCUGAACCCCUUCCAGCCCAGCCCCAAGUCCCCUUUCCUGAGCACGCCGCCGCUGCCGCCCAUGCCGCCCGGGGGCACGCCGCCCCCGCAGCCGCCGGCCAAGAGCAAGUCGUGCGAGUUCUGCGGCAAGACCUUCAAGUUUCAGAGCAACCUCAUCGUGCACCGGCGCAGCCACACGGGCGAGAAGCCCUACAAGUGCCAACUGUGCGACCACGCGUGCUCGCAGGCGAGCAAGCUCAAGCGCCACAUGAAGACGCACAUGCACAAGGCCGGCUCGCUGGCCGGGCGCUCGGACGACGGGCUCUCGGCCGCCAGCUCGCCCGAGCCUGGCACCAGCGAGCUGACUGGCGAUGGGCUCAAAGCAGCUGACGGCGACUUCCGCCACCACGAGAGCGACCCGUCGCUGGGCCAUGAGCCCGAAGAGGAGGACGAGGAGGAGGAGGAGGAAGAGGAGGAGCUGCUGCUGGAGAACGAGAGCAGGCCCGAGUCGAGCUUCAGCAUGGACUCGGAGCUGAGCCGCAACCGAGAGAACGGAGGCGGCGGCGGAGGCCUGGGCGCGGGCGCAGGUGUGGGCGCAGGCCUGGGCGUGGGCGCUGGAGCCGGGGUCCCUGGCGCAGGUGUGGGCGUGGGUGGCGCGGCCAAGGUGCUGGCAGACGAGAAGGCGCUGGUGCUGGGCAAGGUCAUGGAGAACGUGGGCCUGGGCGCACUGCCGCCACAGUAUGGCGAGCUGCUGGCCGACAAGCAGAAGCGAGGCGCCUUCCUCAAGCGCGCAGCGGGAGUGGGCGGCGUGGGCGUGGGCGUUGGUGUUGACCCCGGCGAUGACGAGGACGCGGGCGGCUGCGGAGAUGCGGGGACAGGCGGUGCUGUCAAUGGGCGCGGGGGCGGCUUCGCACCCGGUGCCGACCCCUUCCCCGGCCUCUUCCCGCGCAAGCCCGCACCGCUGCCCAGCCCCGGGCUCAACAGCGCGGCCAAGCGCAUCAAGGUGGAGAAGGACCUGGAGCUGCCGCCAGCCGCGCUCAUCCCAUCCGAGAAUGUGUACUCGCAGUGGCUCGUGGGCUACGCCGCGUCGCGCCACUUCAUGAAGGACCCCUUCCUGGGCUUCACGGACGCGCGCCAGUCACCCUUCGCCACGUCGUCGGAGCACUCGUCCGAGAACGGCAGCCUUCGCUUCUCCACGCCGCCCGGGGACCUGCUGGACGGCGGCCUGUCGGGCCGCAGCGGCACGGCCAGCGGGGGCAGCACGCCGCACCUGGGCGGCCCGGGCCCCGGGAGGCCCAGCUCCAAGGAGGGCCGCCGCAGCGACACGUGCGAGUAUUGCGGCAAGGUGUUCAAAAACUGCAGCAACCUCACCGUGCACCGGCGGAGCCACACCGGUGAGCGGCCUUACAAGUGCGAGCUGUGCAACUACGCGUGCGCCCAGAGCAGCAAGCUGACUCGCCACAUGAAGACGCAUGGGCAGAUCGGCAAGGAGGUGUACCGCUGUGACAUCUGCCAGAUGCCUUUCAGUGUCUACAGCACCCUGGAGAAACACAUGAAAAAGUGGCAUGGCGAGCACUUGCUGACGAACGACGUCAAGAUCGAGCAGGCUGAGCGGAGCUAAGCCGAGGCGUUGCGUGCUCGUGUGUGCGUCCUGCCCCCGGACCACGCGCCCGCCACCUGUGCGGCCCUGACUCACCUCCGCGGCCCUGCCAUUGCGCGGUGCCCUGUGCACCUGUUUCCUGCACUGGGGGACCUUCCGGGUGUGCCAGCCCUCCAACCUAACCUGUGUCUGCGAAGUCCUAUGGAAACUCGAGGGUUGAUUAAGGCAGUAAAAAUUGUGGAGCCUUUU